CUAAUGUCUUGAUCCUGGAGUUGUAUUGGUAGGGAGCACACAGUGCCCAGGACCGCAUUGGCUGUUGUGUUUUUUUUCAUAAGGGUCCCAAACUACACAGAGAUUUGGAAUAUUACGUUACAGUCCUGCAGGAAAAAUGGCGACUGCCAUUCAUAAUCCUCUAAAAUCGCUUGGUGACCAGUUCUACAGGGAGGCUAUCGAACACUGUCGCAGUUACAAUGCCCGUCUCUGCGCCGAACGCAGCGUGCGCAUGCCCUUCCUGGACUCCCAAACCGGUGUGGCGCAAAACAACUGCUACAUCUGGAUGGAAAAGUGCCAGCGCCAGCCAGGCCAGGCAGCAGGACAGAUGUAUACCUACCCUGCUCGUUGCUGGAGAAAGAAGAGGCGACUCCACCCUCCCCUUGAUCCCCAGCUCCGCCUGUGUGAGCUUCGACUAGAAGCUGAGCUGGCCCCGAAGCGCGAGGGGCCCCCAGGGGAGGCCACAGCCUUGGAGGCCCUCCUGAGGGCGGACAGCCAAAUUGAGAAAAAAAACAGCAUCUGUAAGGAGGAGGAGACGAUGCUGGAAAUACAGAGAGUUCUGGAGGCAGAGGAAAAUGGAGACGGUCUCCAUGAUGACGAUGACUUUGACGUGGAUACACCAAAGAGGAAGAACAGAAACAGAGGCAAAAACAGAGGAUCAAGUCGCAGGAGGACGGAGCCUGUUAACCUUGACGACCAGGACAAACCUUACGUCUGUGAUAAUAGAUACAAACAAAAGCAUAACUCAAAAAAGGCUGAAGAAGUCUGUGGAAAGCGCUACAAGAACAGGCCCGGCCUGAGCUACCAUUACACCCACACUCACCUGGCAGAAGAGGAGGGCGAGGAGGAGAAGGAAUCAGAGAUGACCCCGUCUCCUCCAUACUGCGCGGACAACCACAAACCUCAGAAGGCUGCAGACGGCAGCAUCAUCCCCAACGACUACUGUGACUUCUGCCUGGGAGAUCAAGACUCCAACAGGAAGACAGGCCAGGCCGAGGAGCUGGUGUCCUGCUCUGACUGUGGACGCUCGGGUCACCCCACAUGUCUGCAGUUCACAGACAACAUGAUGCAAGCAGUGAGGACGUACCAGUGGCAGUGCAUAGAGUGCAAGUCCUGCAGCCUCUGCGGCACAUCAGAGAACGAUGACCAGCUGCUGUUCUGCGAUGACUGUGACAGAGGAUAUCACAUGUACUGCCUGAAGCCCCCAAUGACCAAGCCUCCAGAAGGGAGCUGGAGCUGUCACGUAUGUCUGGACCUUUUAAAAGACAAGGCCUCUGCCUAUGGAGAAGCAUAACUUCCAUGAACAUUCUCUUCAAAACACACGUACACACAAUAUAUAUAUAUUUGUACCUAUACAUUAACUGUUUGACAAACCCACACUUUAGCGAACUCUUCUCUCAGAUAGAAUCAUACACAGAUCUUCACACACACUCCAGUGCAUUAGCCGGCUCAGAGCAGUUUCCUGUCUGAGGCGCGAAGACCCUUGACCUCUCAUGUAGUCGAGCAACACUCAAAAAUGGCAUCAACAUGCAACCUCGACCAUCAGCUAGCAGCAAGUUUGCCGUUAUAGGUUAUUUCUCUACCUCACCACUCAGCAGACGGCAAGAAGCCAAAACAAGAUUGAUAACGGCCAAUACUGUGCAGUACAAAUACCCAUUUUAAACCAACCUUGGAUGUUUUCACUCCUGAUUUAAAUUUCAUUUCUGAAGAUUGGUUGCAGCCUUUUCUGCUUCAAGCUGUUGUCACUUGCUUCCCUUUCUGCUCAAGCUCUACAGUGAGUUUGACUGAUGUUUGUUUAAAUUCUUCCUCCCAGCUCUACUCCUCUCCUGUGUUUAGACUUACCCAUUUCAUAUCUGGACAGACUCAAUGUUAGCUAUGCCAUCUUUCACAGUUUUUUGUCAAGCUUUGUGAAAUUUAUGUCCUGUGCUGGGAGGAAAUGGGGUGAUAAAACAGCCUCUGCUAUCAUUCCUGUUGGAGCGUGGCGACAUUUCUAAUCCACGUCUGCUUAUUGUAUCCUUGCCGUUACUAGGAUACACUGGUGCUAAAUUUGACACUUUACAAAAAUUAUAGCAUUUCUUUGCAUGGAAUGUUAUUAUUUAUUUAUCAUUUUAAUGGUCCAAUGUUACUGUCAAAUAGAUCAUUGUUACUGUAAAUCAGUGGUUCCCAAGCCUUUCACGACAUCUCCCACUAGUGGAAGCCCACAUAAAAGCAUUGGCCCCUCAACCAAAUCACAUCAAUGAUGUAUUUUAAAUCAACUGGUAACAAUACUGGCAAAGUGAUAAAAAGAGGAGCCUGAAAUAUAUUAAACUCUUAUCCAUAUCAACACAAACCUCAUUUUCUCAGAUAUAUACUGGUGUUCAACUAUACAUAUAAAUACAAUUCCUUCUAAAAGUAUUUACCCUCAAGAUUUUAAAUAUCUUGAAUUUGACUGACAGAGCCUCACUAUGUAUUCAUUCAUGCCAUGUCUAUUCAUGUUUUAGGUGCUUUACACAUUGUCACCUGCUCCAUACACCUGGGUUGAUUUCUUUUUUCCCCCAAAUGAAUCAAUCUGAUUCCUAGGUUUUUUCUUCUUCACAGCAGUCAGUUUAGAAAAGCACAGGACAAACUUAUAGCGCCUUUUACAGCAAAACGGCUGACUUUUUUCACAAAGCUUCCCUUCGUAAAUUUUCUAAUCUAUUAGAAUAAUAUUACUCGGUCUGUCGAGCUUCUUUUUAAAUCGCAGAACAUUUGUUUUUGUGAUAAAAGGGCUGUAGGACAAUUUAAGUUUAUGCUACAAAAUAUUAACAGUUGAAUAUAGUCCUAAACAUAUGAGUAAUGUAUUUUUGUACAUACUAAAUAUGUUCCUCACACUGCCCAGUAACAUUUGUUUAACUGUGAUUAGACAAUUGCUGUUUGGGGGAGGGGUUUAGUGAACAGCCAAUUAAAACUGUUUCACCUGUUUGACAUUUCAAAAUAAUCUGCUGUGAAGAGAAGUAUUUACCUUUUGGUUUUCUAUCUCUAGAUAACUACAUUAAAUGUGUACCCCCUGCAGUGCCUCUCUGCCCUUCCAGAGGGCCCCACCUCACAGUUUGGGAACCACUGCUGCAAAUCAACCAGGGCUAUGUGUGUAUUAUCAAACCUUGAUUCAUGACUUUUUUUGAACAGACAGUGUUGUGAAUCCUGUACAUGUCCUUAGGACAGAGUGUUUACUAGUAAGCCCUGAAAGUUAAACAGGUUAUAUAAGAAUUUAUUAAAGUUUUUAUGCAGUUACAGUACAACAGUAACGUAAAUUUAGACAUUCUGGAUUAGUAUUGAGUAAGGGUUGAUAUUUUAAAUUGGUGAUGUAUCUCCUACGGCACAUCAAUUCAAUUUAUGUUUUAGUACUGAGCUAGAUUUAGUAACACUAAUCUAAUAAUCAUUAUAAGGAGGAACCACCAAGAAUAAGCUCCAAAUUAACAGAUAAAGCCCUUAAAGUACACACAGUGUGCAGGCCUUCAUAUGAUAUCACAAUCUGCAUUUGUAUUUUUUUUUUAUUGUGUUUGUAUUUGAUAUUGCUUUUUCACAGACAAUCAUGAGCUAGAAUAGAUACAGUACAUGAUGUUAAUAAUAUGCAGAGGGUUUUUGUUGUGCUUCUUCAUGGCGGGUAUAAUGACCCUUUGUGUCUUCCUUUUAAAAAUGUAUUAGAUAUCAUUUUUUUGUGAUGCCAUCACCUACAGUGAUUUGACAUGUGUGUUGUAUUUUGUUAAAGUAAAUGUCAUGUUUUGUGUUGAAAUAAAUACUUUUCCAUUAA